AUGGGGAAAGUAUCGCGCCCGAGAGUUUAUGGGGAUGGCGUUCUUCAGAAUGUUGAUAAGCCCGACAGGGCAUAUACAACUGAAAGGGCCAAGCGAGCUGGAAAAGCAAAUGCUUCAAGCUGCCAGAUUUUUGUGACAACGGCACCAGAUUGUUUUGGACCAAUCCUUCCUGAACAUGACCCUAGGAGGAAAACUGGUGUGAGACUUGGAGAAUCAAGGGAGGAUAGACUUGAAUGUAGACGAUGGGGUGCUCAUUUGCCUCAUAUUGCUAGAAUUGCAGGCCUGAGUAGAUUUGGUGCUCAGUUAGUCACCCUGUCUGGAGGCUAUGAAGAUGAUGAAGACCACAGGGAUUGGUUUCUUUAUACUAGAAGACCUUCAACGGGCUCAGUAGACUCACAUCACUAUAUACAGAAUGUUGAUAAGCCCGAAUGGGCAUAUACAACUGAAAGGGCUAAGCGAGAUGGAAAACCAAAUGCUUCGAGCGGGCAGAUUUUUGUGACAACUGAACUAGAUUAUUUUGGACCAAUCCUUCCCAAACAUGACCCCAGGAGGAAAACUGGUGUGCGAGUUGGAGAAAUAUGGGACGAUAGACUUGAAUGUAGACAAUGGGGUGCUCAUUUGCCUCAUAUAGCUGGAAUUGCUGGCCAGAGUAGAUUUGGUGCUUAG